AUGCUCCUCUUGUGGGACAAGAUCGGCUCUCUGCCCAAGGAUCCGGACCACGCCGCACACAGAUUACUGGAGUCGGCACCCGUUAUCGAUGGACACAUCGAUCUCCCCGAGUUUGCUCGCUCCGUCUAUGGUAAUAAUAUCUCAGCGUUCGACCUCCACCAACCGACACUCGGACAUGUCGACAUCCCUCGUCUCAGAGAGGGGCAGGUAGGUGGGUUCUUCUGGUCAGUCUAUGCUGCGUGUCCUGCGCACGCUGGCUUGGAUGAUGGGGAAGAUUUUCUCAACGCCACAUGGCGUGUACGAGACACUCUCGAACAGAUUGAUGUAGCGAAACUGCUGAUCAAUCGAUAUUCCGACACGUUCGAACUGUCCUUAACCUCCAUAGAUGUGAAGAAUGCCAUCAGACGAGGCAAAAUUGCCGGCAUGCUCGGUGUAGAGGGUGCGCACCAACUUGGCAACUCACUCGCAGUCCUGCGACAGUAUUACGAGCUGGGUGUCCGCUAUGUUACUCUGACGCACAUGUGCAAUAAUGCCUUUGCGGACUCGGGCGGAUACCUGCAGUCGCUAGAGCCGAAGUGGGGCGGCUUGAGUCCGCUCGGAUAUGCGCUCGUCGAGGAGAUGAACCGACUGGGUAUGCUUGUCGAUCUCAGCCACACAUCUGACGAUACGGCCAGACAAGCGCUCAAGCACACUAAGGCUCCUGUGAUAUGGUCCCACUCGUCGUCUCGUGCUGUCUAUGAUGUUGCGAGAAACGUGCCUGAUGACGUCCUAGAGAUGAUUGGAAUGUCAGAAGACAAGGUCGAUGCGGUCGUCAUGGUCAACUUCGCACCUCAGUUCGUCGCUAAAGAUGGAGAGGCGGACGUCGGUGCCGUUGCUGACCACGUUGAGCACAUCGCCAAUAUCUCCGGCAAGGCUCAUGUGGGUCUCGGUAGUGACUACGAUGGUAUCUCUACCGUCCCCGUCGGACUUGAAGAUGUGUCGAAAUAUCCUGCUCUGGUUGCCGAGCUCUACAGGCGUGGAUGGAACCGUUUUGACCUUGCAGGGCUCACUGGCCAGAACCUGCUACGCGUGAUGGCAAACGUGGAGCGGGUCGCGGCAGACCUUCAGGCGGACGGCGCGCAGCCAUCCAUGGAGAUCUAUGAAAAGAGGACGGACUUGCCGAGGCACCCCUCUGAGCUAUGA